AUGAGCACGGCACUUCGCUACGACAACGAUGACGAUGAGCAGGGCCUCUUUACAAACCAAUCCACCGUGAUGGCCAACUUCGAAGAAUGGAUCAAGAUGGCCACGGAUAACAAGAUCAACUCGAGAAAUAGUUGGAAUUUCGCCCUGAUUGACUAUUUUUACGACCUGAAUGUGCUAAGGGAUGCCGAGAAUAAUAUCAAUUUUCAAAAGGCUUCCGCUACGUUGGAUGGUUGUGUUAAGAUUUACUCUUCGAGGGUGGAUUCAGUUACCAAUGAGACCGGUAAGUUGUUGAGUGGGCUGGCACAGAAAAAACCUAAACAGGGCAAUAAUAAGGAUCCCAAUGGUGAAGAUGGUACUGAAGAGGAAGGCCAAGAGGGAGAGGAAAAUCAAGAAGAUGAAGAUGCGGAGGGGAACGAUAGUGUUAGAAUUGAUCCAUUGACGGGGCUCCCGAUUGGUAAAGAUGACGAUCAUAAUGCAAGGAGAAGAAAUUACAAUAGAGUCCUAGAGACUACAUUGGUGGAGUUUGAUACCAUUAAGAUGAAGGAAUUAGACGAGGAAUUAAAUAUCGAUCCCUUAUUUAAGAAGGCACUUAUUGAUUUUGAUGAAGGUGGCGCCAAGAGUUUGCUAUUAAAUACAUUGAAUAUCGAUGAUUCUGCCAGAGUAGUGUUUGAUGCGUCAAUUACCGAUCAAAGCAAACCGGAACACUUACUCCAAGACAUACCCGAGGAAGAAGAAGAAGAAGAAGAAGAAGAAGAAGAAGAAGAAGAAGACCCGAUCGAAGAUUCAUCUAUACAACAUUCUCGCAAUGAAUUGCAAAUUAAUACCAAUUUAACAGAUAUGGCUUUUGAGUCCAUGGAUAAAUACGCCAUUGAAGAUGAAAUUCUUGCCCUGGGGAUGGAUUUUAUAAAUUUUAAUCAGAUCUCCGUAUGUGAAAUAUCCUCUUCCAUUCAACAACUUCGGAACGUGGUGGAUGACAUCAACAAGGCAAAAUCAUUUAUUGAUAGUGUGAAUAGUAAAUUUGACAAUUUCUUAACUGAUCAAGAAUUGAAAGAUGUGAUACCUGAUGCAAGUUUAAACAUGAACGAUGGUGUAGAUGAUUUUGAUACAGGUAUUGGGCAAGAACUAGAUUACUCUAUGCAGCAAGAGGAAGAUCAUAUGCUUGGUGAAGAUGAUGUUCAUGGUGAGGAAAAUGCAGAUGAAUUGGAUGGAGAUGAGAACAUUGCAACAGCAGCAGCUAAUAGUAUAUUUGAGCAAGAUUUAAUGGCAUAUUUUGAUGAAAGUCUAAAGAAGAAUUGGCGUGGUAGAGAACAUUGGAAAGUUCGUAAUUUUAAAAAGAGUAAUCUACCUAAGAGUUUGGAAGAAACAGCGACGACAACGACGACUAGUAAUGAUUCCAGCAAUUUGCAAACAUCUAGUAAUGAUAAUACUGUUAAGCCACCCACAAAGAAACAAGCGUUUGAGAUUGAUUUUUUCAGUAAUGAUGAUUCCUUAGAAGAGAUGGUAUUUGCCCCAAAGAAAAAAGCUCAUAUUGAUAUGAGAUUAAAGGACCGUGAAGACGCAUCACAUUAUUUAUUGCCAGAUGAUUAUCAUUUCUCAACGGAUAAGAUAACAAGAUUAUUUAUUAAGCCAGGUCAAAAAAUGAGUCUAUUUAGACCAAAGAAGAGUAGUAAAGAUGGUGCAAGUUCAUCAUUAAGAUACAAUACUUCCAACCAUCUUAACGGCGAUGCCUCAAAUAAAUCCAACAAUGGCGGAGCAGAAAUUGCUGACGAACAGUUUUGGGCUGACAAUUAUGAGAAGAGGGAAGAAAACCAUGCAAAUGACGAUAAUGACGAAGACGGUGACGUUAGGGAACUAGAAAUGGAUAAUCCAUUUGAUGAUGGUAUUGAUUUCAACCAGGCAUUUGAAGAUAAUGACGAUGAUGAAAAUGCAGAUGAUGUGGGACAUUCGCCUCCGUCAAUUAAUGAAGAGAACGAUAAAUUUCUACCGAAGGACAAUAAGAUUAAUUAUUCUCGAGUUGCCAAACGUGUUGAUGUGCGUAGAUUGAAAAAGAAUAUAUGGAAUUCCAUCCAAAUGCUAGUUGCCAAACGGAAGGAGGAGGAGAAGGAAAAUGAAGAUACAAAUGUUAUUAAUUUCAAGUUCACCGAGAUAUCGCAAGAGAUAAGUGGGAAAUAUUCUAAGGAUACUGUGAAGGAUAUUUCAACUAGUUUCUGCUUUAUUUGUUUAUUACAUCUCGCCAACGAGCAUGGGUUGCAGAUCCAUAACACGGACAAUUUUGAAGAUCUGGUUGUUACCUAUCAAGUUCCUAGUGCUGUUACAGCUCAAUAG